CUCUAAAAUGACUUUUUUUUGCUCUUGCGUGUCCUUCCUUUUCAGCUAAUCGUUCUUGGUCAAUAUAUACACCUGCUGGAGAUUUCACAUUUUCUGAUAUCCACUAAUUAAUACAACAUGGAUGAUUUUGACAUGCUCAACUCUCCGGCUGCUGGGAACGGCGUUGGCUCUGACGACGACCCCGCUGCAGCAUUUUUGGCCCAACAGGAGAGCGAAAUCGCGGGGAUUGAAAACGACGAAGGCUUCAGCAUCCUGGACAGUGGAGAGGUCCCUUCGAUACUGUCAGAUUCCAACGACGGUGCUGUCAAUGGAGAGUUUCAUGGGGAAAGCAAUGGUCCAUCUGAUGCCUAUGCAGCAAUUUCCAAUGCAGACCGUCUUCAGGCAGAACCAGAAAGCCUUCGCAAAUGGAGGGAGGAGCAAAGAGAGAGACUGGAGCUGCUUGAUGAUAACUCUCGCAAGCAGGAGUCGGAGUGGAAGACAAAGGCCAAGGUGGAGCUGGAGGAGUGGCACGCCAGGCAGAAUGAGCAGCUGGAGAAAACCAAAGCCAAUAACAGGGUGCUGGAUGAAGACUUCUACAAGCAGCCCUUCUCUGAGCUCAUUGGUUAUGUCACACACAUUAACCAUCCUUGCUACCGCCUAGACCAGGCAGCCGAGGAGGCCAUGAUUUCAGACAUGGAUGAGAACAACCCUGGCACAGAAUGGGAACGCGUGGCUCGCCUCUGCGACUUCAACCCUAAGUCCAGCAAGCAAGCUAAAGAUGUGUCCCGCAUGCGCUCCGUCCUCAUCUCCCUCAAGCAGUCCCCGCUGGUCCGCUAGACUCAGCUUUACAUCAUCCAAGAUCACCACCAAUGCAAACACGACCCAACACCCAAUGACCCAUAUCUGUAUUCAGAAAAAAGGUGGCAUACGCCCCUUUUGUACAUACGUUUACCACACACAGACCUAGCUUUCUCAAAUGGGAGGAUAUGGCCGGUUAACCCAUCCUAGUGUUCCAUUCCUGAUAGGCUUGUACGUAUCUAUUGUCAUCAAAACAAUCUCUUCCUUUGGGUCCAUGGCUACACUGCAAUGUGGUUUACUUGACCAUCAGGCUAUAUCCAUCCUAAAAGUCAGUCUUAUCAAUCUUCAGCACCUUGUGGUUAUUCAUCCUUCCAUUUUUUUCUUUAAGGACCAAAUUGUGGAAACUCCAAAUCCAGCAAGUGUUUUGAAAUUGUGUGUGUUGUGCCUACUUGUGGCAUAUGGUGUUCAGUUCAUUUCAAAUCUAUGCAUUUCCUCAUGAAAAGCUCCUCCGUCUGCAGUCAGGAAAUGAGCAGUCCAGUCCAUUACAAUUUAAUGUUUGUAUGUGUGUUGACAGUGUGUGUGUAUGUACUUUCUGUGUGCACCUAUGUACAUAUACAGAAGGCAAUAUAUAUACAGAAUAUAAAACAUGUUAGAGUGUUGUGGUUUUAAAGAGAACAAGAUACUAGAAAGCUGUUGUUCAGCCAUGCAUGUCCAUUGUCCAUUUGAUUUCAAUAUCAGUAAACGGUGAAUGACAACUUUUGUUAUAUUUUACCUGG